GACACUAUCUUAAAUCUUAUUCCAAGUGAAGAAAGAGCCUAUGCCAUACCGUGGCUAAAGAUAGCCCAGUUCUCAUAUAAUGUCAAACAGUCGUCGGCUACAGGGAAAGCACCAUUUGAGAUUACGGGGUUAUACCUCCCCAGAAUGGGUGUAGAACCUGGCAAAAGCAAGAAUAAGGCUGCUGGGAGCAUGGUUAAGGACAUGAAGUUUGAUUUAGACAAAAUGUGCAAGGCGCUAUUCAAAAUUGCAGAGCAGAUGAAAGACAGGGCAGAGCAUAGACACUCUAAGGCCCCUGAUUACAAGGUUGGCGACCUGGUCUGGUUAGAUACCGACCACUUAAAAUUA